AAGCCAGUGAAACAGACGACUUUGGCUUUGGCGUAGAACAUCUGACUUACUGAGAAGUGAACUUCUUGGAACUGCAUAGCUUGCAAGCCUUCAGAAGAAAUUUCUUUCGUCAUUGUUUGGAAAGGUGGCAAUAAAAAUCAUCGACAAAUCUCAGCUAGAUUCUGUGAACCUGGAAAAAAUUUACCGGGAGGUACAGAUAAUGAAAAUGCUGGACCAUCCACAUAUUAUCAAGCUUUAUCAGGUGAUGGAGACCAAAAGCAUGUUGUACCUUGUGACAGAAUAUGCCAAAAAUGGAGAAAUAUUUGAUUACCUUGCUAAUCGGGGACGUUUGAGUGAGCCUGAUGCCAGACGCAAAUUCUGGCAGAUUCUCUCGGCUGUGGAGUAUUGUCAUGGCCGGAAGAUUGUGCACCGGGAUCUCAAAGCUGAGAAUCUUCUGCUCGAUAACAACAUGAAUAUUAAAAUAGCAGAUUUUGGGUUCGGAAACUUCUACAAAAGUGGUGAGCCUCUGACAACGUGGUGUGGAAGUCCCCCUUAUGCAGCCCCUGAGGUCUUUGAAGGCCAGCAGUACGAGGGGCCACAGCUGGACAUUUGGAGUAUGGGUGUAGUUCUCUAUGUCUUAGUUUGUGGAGCUUUGCCUUUCGAUGGACCGACACUCCCCAUCUUGCGGCAACGGGUUUUGGAAGGAAGGUUCCGUAUCCCCUAUUUCAUGUCUGAAGAGUGCGAGCAUCUUAUCCGGAGGAUGCUGGUUCUGGAUCCAUCCAAGAGACUGAGUAUUGCUCAGAUUAAGGAACACAAGUGGAUGCUCAUAGAAGUUCCUGUGCAAAGACCCGCUCUCUAUUCCCAGGGGCAAGAGAACGAACCGUCCAUUGGAGAAUACAAUGAGCAAGUUCUGCGGUUAAUGCACAGCUUGGGAAUAGACCAGCAAAAAACCAUUGAGUCCCUGCAGAACAAGAGCUACAAUCACUUUGCUGCUAUCUAUUACUUGCUUAUAGAGAGGCUAAAGUCACACCGCAGUAGCUUUCCUGUCGAUCAGCGGUUAGAUUCUCGCCAGCGGCGACCCAGCACCAUCGCCGAACAAACCGUCGCCAAGGCUGCUGUUGCUCCCGUGAACUUGCACUCUCAGAACAUAAGGCUACGAAGGUCUCCCGGGCUCCCACCGACAGCAGAAGCAUUCUCUUUUCCCAGGUCUGUCUGCCAGGCAGAAUCAACUUUCAUGGAAGAAGAGAGAAUUGACACACCCAAAGUGAACGGUUGCCUGUUGGAUCCUGUUCCCCCAGUGAUGGUAAGGAAAGGAUGCCAGUCCCUGCCGACCAGCAUGAUGGAAACCUCAAUCGAUGAAGGGAUAGAAGCAGAAGGGGAAUCCGAAACGGACCCCGCUCAGGCCUUUGCAGCACUGCAAGGAAGUCGCAGCGGGAAGAGGCGACAUACCCUGGCAGAAGUCACCAAUCCCCUCUUGGCCAUGCCAGGCCCAGGAAAAGUCUUUUCCAUGGAUGAGAACCAAUCCUUGAGCAGCACCGACUCUGAAUAUGACAUGGGAUCUAUCCAGAGGGAUUUAAACUUCCUGGAAGACACCUCGUCCUUGAAGGAAAUGGUUCUGGCAAACCCACCAGCUCCGAGGAUGACCCCUCCUUUCAUAGGCCUGAGGCCUCCUAAUCCAGCCAUGCAGGCCCUGGCUGCCCACAAACGAGAAGCCCACAAUCGUUCCCCUGUCAGCUUUCGGGAGGGGCGCAGAGCAUCGGACACAUCCCUGACACAAGGAAUUGUAGCGUUCAGACAGCAUCUUCAGAAUUUGGCCAGAACUAAAGGAAUCCUGGAGCUGAAUAAAGUACAGUUGUUGUAUGAUCAGAUGAGGUCAGAAGACGAACCUUCUCUGGAAUCCACUUCUCCUCACUUGCAAGGCCUUGGAAGCGGUUCCCGGCAGGAGGAAGCCUCCCAGCAGCAGGACGCUGCUCCCACCUUUCCCAACAGCAUGCAUCCGCCGUUGCUGUCCAGGCGUCAGAGCUUAGAGACACAGUAUUUGCAGCACGUGCUUCAGAAGCCCAGCCUGCUCUCAAAAGCCCAACACGCGUGUCAGGUGUUUUGCAAGGAGAUACCCCGGAGCCUCGAACAGCAGCUGCAGGAGCACAGGUUGUACCAGAAGCAUCUGCUCCUCCAGAAGCAAUCCCAGCUGCAGGCCUACUUCAACCAGAUGCAGAUAGCAGAGAGCACAUACUCCCGAUCCAGCCAGCUGCCCCUCCCCUGCCAUGAAGACCCGCCUCCUUCCUCCCAGUUCACUAUGGUGCAACCCUUGAGCCCCGUCCUGGAGCCUUCUGCUGAAGACAUGCAAUAUGACCCUUUCCUUAGCCAGUAUCAAAAGCUACAACUUGACCAGCAGUCUCCUCCCCCCAUCCACAGCUCCUCCCCAUUGCCAUCACAGAUGCCCAUGCAGCCACCGCCUCCACCGCAGCAACAGUAUUCCUAUCAGACUUGCGAAGGGCCAGUCGGCCCCUCGUCUGACCUAGACUAUGCCAGCCAGCAUCAGUAUCGCCUGGAUCCCACCCAGCAGAGUGCCAUAGCAAUGACCGGCGCCCGGCGGAGCUCAGAAUCUCCCGGGUCUCAGUCCAGCUAUGACACCUUAAACCUUGCACAGUUGCCUGGGCUCUUUGAUUGCGAAAUGAUGGAGACGGUGGAUCCCCAACACGGAGGCUACGUCUUGGUGAACUAGCAGCUUUUAAAGCUUUCUGGAGGGGAGGCUGGUUGGUUGAAGCCAAGUCACGGAAUGGCUCUGGGUCGGGUUUCCGUCUGUGUUCUGCCUCUAGCCUCCCUGGCUUCUUCUCCAGUCCUUGACCUUCACGGAUGAACACCCAAACUCUCUGGACUGGUACUAGCAGAGAAGGACCAAGUCUUCACUUUACGAGAGAGCUUGCUGGCAGGGCUGAAGGCAGGCCCUGCACCUUCAACAGAACAAAGAACUGCUUUGAAGGGAAGGAGGCAACACGCUUCUAAGAAGGAAGGAAGUGGGGUCCUUCCAGAACCUUUGGUAUUCUGCUAACCGUGCAACCUCCGUCAGAGGAAACCUGGGAGAGUUCAGGAAGAAGAGUGAAUUUGCUCUACACCAUACUUGGCAAUAAAAGCAAUACAUUUUUCAUUGGAA